AUGAGGAGUUACGCAGCUGCUUUUGUGACUGGAGUAUUUCUGACAGUGAAGGGUUCAGAAGAACUACAGUCCAACAGCAGGACUGUGGUGCAGCAGCUUGUAUCAGACCCAGUGCAUCCAGGAGACUCGGUGACUCUGCAGUGUACAGUAGACAGUGAGACCUGUGCAGGAGAACACAGUGUCUACUGGUUCAGACACGGCUCGGGAGAAUCCCUUCCGGGACUCAUUUACACCCAUGGAAACAGGAGUGAUGAGUGUGAGAAGAGCCCUGAGGCUGGGUCUCCUACACACGGCUGUGUCUACAGCCUCCCCAAGAGGAACCUCAGCCGCUCUGAUGCUGGGAUUUACUACUGUGCUGUGGUCAUAUGUGGGGACAUUCUGUUUGGAAAUGGGACACAGCUGGACAUUGAAGAGUAUAACCAUGGGCGCUUCAAAAUACAUUCAGAUGAGAACAGCAACAAUUUGACAAUUUCUGAAAUUCAUGUGUCAGAUUCUGCAACAUAUUACUGUGGGAAAGUCAUAAAUUAUGAAAUUAUUUUUUUAACUGGAACUUUCCUCAUCAUAAAGGAUUCAGAAGAACAACGAUCCUACAGCAUGACUGUGGUGCAGCAGGUGGUGUCAGACCCAGUGCGUCCAGGAGACUCGGUGACUCUGCAGUGUACAGUAGACAGUGACACCUGUGCAGGAGAACACAGUGUUUACUGGUUCAGACACGGCUCGGGAGAAUCCCUUCCGGGACUCAUUUACACCCAUGGAAAGAGGAGCGAUGAGUGUGAGAAGAGCCCUGAGGCUGGGUCUCCUACACACGGCUGUGUCUACAGCCUCCCCAAGAGGAACCUCAGCCGCUCUGAUGCUGGGAUUUACUACUGUGCUGUGCUCACAUGUGGGGACAUUCUGUUUGGAAAUGGAACACAGCUGGACAUUGAAGGUAAGUCAAAGUUAUUAUAUUUUGCAUACAGAUUUGAUUCAAGUGGUGCAUGUCCUCUAACAUAA